UAAACUGCCAUUCACAGUGUGAGCAGACAAGCAUGUGCGCCUGUUGUCAAAGAAAUUAGUUGCUCGUCAUAAAAUAAUUAAUAAUGCCACAGCAGGUCGCCGUCAGUAAAGCAAAUGAAUCCACAUUAAGAGUGCCCUUUGACACUCCAAGGCACGCCGAAAUUGCUUAUCGCGUGCUCAGUGUGGAUCAGGAACCGCGUCGCAACUUUGUUAGGAAAACGUUGAGCUUGGAGGAGGAUGUGCUUGUGGUGCACUUCAGUGCUGACCAAGUGAAGAGUUUACGAACUGCAAUCACCUCGUUCUUCGAGAGCCUGCUGCUCUGCCAGGACACCAUUAAGCUGUUUGGAGGGGAAGAAGUCCCCAAAGAUGCCGGAGCACAGUCCAGCUCCGACACCGCAUAGAGCGAUCUAUGGAUUUGCAUUUUACAUGCUCUUCACAGUGCUGUUCUUUAUAUACGUGGCGUGGGCUUAUUUGCCCGUGGAACUGGAACUUCAUUCGCAUUUGCCGGACAAGUA